CCAACUCAUUCCUUUUUACCCUUUAUCUGACAGGAUCCUUUGUCGCCCUAGCGAAAAGUCACUGGGAAAGACUCUCGUAGAAGUCUGGGUAGGGGCGUACCAGGAAGGUCGGCAGGUGGAGACGGUGGAUGAGGGAGUGGGGAGGGGAGGGGAGGGACACGGCUACAUUAUUUAGCACCGAAGGCAGAGUGGGCUCUCCACCUUGGAGCCUCUACAUCGCCCAGAAGCUGAAAGGGGAUUUGAGACAAUAUCGACAUGGCGCUGGAGGACGUCGACCUCGACGUCUUGCUCCUUAUCUUUUCGCAUCUCGAUGCCUCGUCACUCGCAAGUCUGUCGCGUACCUGCAGGGCAUUGCAUCGCGUCGUAGAGCAGCACGGCUGGUCCACUCUCAUUCGCGGCGGAACUCGUCGGCUAUCCGUCGUCGCGGCCCCCGAUUCGAAGAGCAGCAACAAGAGCUUCUCGCCUGCCAAGCAUACUGUAUGCGUCGAUUGCAACUGGCAAAAACGUCGAUUGAUCGCCUCGCAGAAUGGCUUGCCUCCCCCACCUGCGUCUCAGUCGCCUCGCAAAGGGGGAGCAGGGCUUACUUUGGCGCCUCAGCACCCGUCGGCACGGCCAAUGCCUCUGCUUCUCCUCACGCCUUCCUCGCUGCUCCUCUUCACGCGCAGUGAGCUGCGGUGCUGGCCCGCCUCUGCCCUCUCGACGUCUGGCCCAAUCGACCUGCAAGGCGGCCGACUCAGCUUGCUCAUCAACCCAAACGGUCUCGACGGUGCGGGAGGUGGCUCGACAGCCUAUUGGGACAUCAGUGCGUGCGCACAGCUCGAUCGCAAGGGCGAGUGGAUCGCCAUAGGGCGCGCCAACGGUCUCAUGGAAGUGAUUCACAUCGACGCGGAGCUUACUACUGCGACAAGGGCAGCGACGAGGAAGAGCCGCUCUGCAAAGAAUACACCACUCAACUUUGUCAACCUUGCAUGGCUCUCGGAUCAUGCCCACAGUACGGGUUCCCCCAUUCAGAGUGUCCAUUCGGAUCAAAGGGGCCUUGUAGCCUUUGGCGCCAAGAACGGAGUCAUUGAACUAUACAAGGUCUCGUUCGAAGACGGCGCCGCUAAUAGGACAAGAAGGGCAGUCCGUCUCUUGCUCGUCGAUCGCUGGAGUAUCGGCAAGCGGCCCUGGAGCAUGUGGCUGGGAGGUGCAGCCGGUUCCUCACCAGCAACAUGGCUUGCAGUCGGGACGAUGGGAUCCGAACCUCUGGUGGUGUUUCCCCUGGACAGCAAGACCCACCGACCCGGUCGGCCAAUUGGCCUGACAUGCGCGCCGGGACGCAAGGUCGCUGUCCACGCCCUUGCCUCGUCUUCGCCCUGUGCUGCUCCCACGGGCUCUGGCAUGACACCCAUCGAUCCCAAACUGCUCUUUGCAGGCUGCUACGAUGGCAUUCUGCGCGUGUACGACGUCCCGCGCAUCCUCUCGUCUGGCGCCGACGAGGGUCGCAGUCCCGUGUAUGAGUUCCAGGAUCGGUUUGGGCCGAGCGCAAUCUUCAGUCUGGCGUUGGGCGUGGGCAAGGGAGGUAGGAGUGUGGCGGCCGGCGUCGCCACGCACGGUGUCGUAAAGUUCUUUGAUGUGCCCCUCUGCUCGGCCUGGGCACGGCGACACCGCCAUCUCAAUGCCACGGCCAAGCGGCAGAUUGUCAUUGGCGAGGGCGCCCUCGGGGAAAUUGCUUUAAACGGAACAGAGAACAGCGGCGAUUGCGAGGAACCACCGUCUCGGCCGCCGCGUUGCGGCACCAAAGUGGAGGAGCAAGGCGACGAGGAGGACUGCGAAGCAGGAGGGUGGUCCCUCUACGCGAGCGGACCACGAGGAGGCAAUUCGCCGGUCUAUAGCCUCGUUGCGCAGCACGACCGCCUGUUUGGCGUCACUGACAGCCGUCUCUGCGAACUCGACUUGCGUCCGUCGCUCUUUUCGACGUCGUCAUCAUCGCCGAGACCAGCCAAUGGGACGACGAAUGGCAUCGACCACGAAGCAAAGCGGCGACAGGAAGGCCGUCUGGCUUACUAUAGACACCUCGACAUGAACCUUGAGGAGACGGAGCUGCCUCCGUAAAAGGAGAUCUUACUCCCAUAUGCACCGGCCUAUCGUACUGUAUCAAUACUAGAACCGCUUUCCAUAUCUCAUCUGAAUGUGGAACAUUUUGCACUGCUAUCAUCCACCUCUCGAGAG